GGUGCGACUGGAUGCUCUGCCAUAGUACCGUUUGGAAUCCCCCGCCAUCUUGCACGGAUUACAGAGUCGGGCCGCCGGGAGAUGCGUGGACCAGGCUGGCAACGAUGGUGAAUCUUUUAGAAAAAUUAAAUUAUACCAGGACAACCUUGAUUCAGGGGAAGGAUACCGAAGAUCGCGAAGAGAAUAAAGACCUGGAGCUCGUGAAAUUACCGGAGGAUAUCACCUUGGCAGGAUUCACGCCGCUCAUGUUGAAUCCGCAAGAUCCUUGCUACGUGGAGAAAACGGAAGACAUGGAAGUGGCACAGGUGUGUCUAAGGAUAAGCAAGAUCCUCUUCUUCGGUCAAGUGUUCUUAUGCGGCUUGGAGACACCGGUGCUGAAACUGCAAAAGAGCGAGACCGGCGUCAGCGAAUAUGUUUCCGUGGUCGAGGCCUCGAGCACGAGUUCGCCGAGUUCGCCGCCGACACAGAGCGACUCGGAGCUCAUGGUGGAGAGUUACAGCGAAGGGGAGGAGGAGUCGAUUUCCACGUUGAGAAGAUUACCCUCGUGCGGCAAUGUGCCCGACGAUACGACGGCUCCCGUGGCGGCCGUCGAGAUAAGGUCGCUGAUCGAGAGGAAGGAAGAACUGGAGAGGCGGCAGCGGAAACAGGAUCGACAUCGACAACGGGUACAGGCCAUUUUGCAAAAAUCCUCGGUAUCAGUCGAGAUCGAGGUGAGACCGAGGCAAUUGGUGCCAGACACAAACUGCUUCAUCGACUAUUUGCCGCAGCUGCAGACCAUUGCGAGGGCCAUUUCCGGUGCGCAGCCGAUCUACACUCUUAUGGUGCCACUUGUCGUGUUGAACGAACUCGAAGGUCUAGCACGGGGCGCUGACGCGAGAGAUUGUCCUCCAGCGUCGAGGGCAACUCUGAAUCCCGAGCAUGUGGCACGAGUUGCUGAGAGCGCCAAGACGGCACUGGCCUUCGCAAGGAGCCGAAAUCCGGCGAUCCGGUGCAUAACCACAAGAGGCACCGUUCUGCCAUCCAGCACCUUUACGGCGGAGGAGGACGUCGACAAGGAUGGAUUGACACGAAAUGAUGACAGGAUAUUGACUACGUGCCUCAGCCUCUGUAGGAGCAACAAGGAUCAGGCAAACGCAGCAGAGGAAGGGCAGCCGCGACGUUUGAGACGGGAGGUGGUCCUGCUCACGGAAGACCGGAACCUCAGGGUGAAGGCUCUGGCCAGGGACGUACCCGUGAGAGAAGUGCCCGAUUUUAUGCAAUGGGCCCUAUUUGGCUGAGACGGUAUAAUGUGAUCGCGACCAAUUCCAAUCCUCACUUGACGAGAAAUCUUCCGUGUUCCUAUCGCGCGAGCUCGACCAAACGCAAACGAGAAGAAGUGCAAUGGGAAGUAAAAGGAGAAGAAGAAGAAGACAAAGAAGAAGAAGGACGCUCGUCAUUGUUGACAAGCAAUUCAUUGCUAUCUUCGUCGCGGAUCUGCUUCGUGUCCGAUCGACCGUCAACUGUGCACGCACGACGUUGUCAUCGCGUAAGUUAGUUUCUAAACGGGGUAUUCAGAUUGUUUCCCGAUGAUACUCCUUUUCUUGAAUUUUUUUUUUUUUUUUAAUCCCAUCAUGAGGAGAAACCACAAAGUGCGACGCGAAUGAGAGCAAAAUCUAUGAGGGAGAGAAAAAGAACAAAGCGCGCGGUAAAAUUGCAUUGAAUGAAAUACGGUACUAUCGAUGGGAAAAAGAAAAGGCUUGCCGGAAACGCGCGAGCCAUUCGGAGGCUCCUCUCGAGCGUGACAUUUCCUAUUCUCUAAUUGUUCCGUGUAUCUCGAACGUGCAGACGUAAAAAUCCUAAAGAGAGCCUUUUCACACGAGGAUGACUAGUGUAACGGGUGGUCCGAAAGAAUGCGUUACGGCCAUGAUGACACACAGUAAUACCGAAAGAUGAUCGACGGAAGAUGUGGAGGUUUCGAAAAAAAAAAAAUGCCAAGAGAAACGGUACAGAAAGAAUUAUCUUUUAAAGUUCUUGUCACUUACUUUGUAGAUUUUUUUUUAUCCUAUCGCCUAUUGGCAGCUGUAUAAUUGUUUUGUAUAAUUUUGUUUGUCGAUAUAUUCACUUUAUUCAUCGAGAUGUUAUUAAAAUUUUUAUAUCAUAUAUGUAAGCACGAUUCGAGAUAAUCGCGAAACGCGUCUUUUAUCGUUCCGCGUGACAUUUUCUACGAGAGGAAUUCUCCCCUUCAUUCUUUCAACGCAAAAGUUAUUAACAUCAUUACCUUUAAGCUAUCAUAAGGUGAAUUAAUAGGUUUAUUUCCAACGAAUGACUGCAAUAUCACCGUCAUCGAGAAUAUCGCCAAGAUCGACAAUAGAUCUAACUUUAUCGUGUAAUUAGAAACGAUUGAAAGAAAGACGCUUACCUUCGAAAAUUAACCUUGGAAUAUGUAAAAUAUGCGAUCCAAAAAACACGCGAAUAUAAAAGAAUUAUAUUCAAUUUAUUAUAUAUAUAUCGAUAUUUUUAAACGAAGUUGAUAUAUAUAUAAUAUUAAUAUUAUUGAUAUUGACAAAAAAAAAAAAAAAAAAAAACUGCCUUUUUUGGUCGAAAGUAUAUUGCGCGUUAAUCAAACAUUGAUUUUCGAAAGUAAGUUUUUUUAAAAAAUCGUUUUUAACGGACGUACAGACGUACUAAGGAUAUCUACCUUUUCCUAUUAUUCGCAAGUAUUCACUUGCGUAGCUUAAUAUUACGAUUCACCAAUUUAAGACUUCGAAAGUUAACGCAAGAAGACGACACGGACAAUUAUUGCAGGUAGGAAAGUAUGACACGAGCGAUUGUACAUAACUGUACGUGUGUGUACGUAUUCUUUAUAAUAUUAAAGAUAUUUUAUCGAUAAGCGGCGAGUGAAUGCAUCCCGCAAGCGUGACACUAUUGCUAUUACAAACAUUCCGUGUCGGAACCGUUCGAUUGAUGCUUUUACCAUCGACAUCGAGUUAGCGAUUUGCCAUUUGGAUGUGAUCGUGAGAUUAAGUGGAUAAUAAGCGCGAAAUAAGAUUCAGGUGACAGUUCUCGCGAAGCGGAGAAUGGAAUAGAGAUCGCUUCAUUCACGACUCGUUUUGUCAGAUAUCUUUCGGGAGAGAAAAGCUCCCGGAAGCGCACAGUGGUCGAGGCACGCAAGGAACUACGGGACCGAAUAGCGAACACGAUGUACUAUUUUUCGACAGAGAUGAGGUAGUUACUUAAGCUCCUUAGUGUAUUAAAGUAUGUGCGUGCGAGGAAAAAGUGUGAAAGGGAGAGAGAGAGAGAGAGAGAGAGACAGAGGGAGAAAAUGGCCAUUAGAUUAACGGAAACGGACAGUCAACGAAAAGGAAAAGAAGAAAACCGUGUCUGCGAUAAAACUCGACGUCGCGUUGAAAUUCCUGCGAAUUAAAUCGAAUCGAUAAGUAGAAGAAAAGCCCACCCACCGGCACAACCCGGACAGAAUCAUUUCGUUACACCGUGAUGUUCCGCUCGAGAGGCGGCGCCAUUCGGGCAGAAGAAAAUCCUGUCGCGAGUAGUGUCGUGGGAUGUCUGUUCAGCGGCAUUUUAUAAGGGCGCGUAAGAAGGUAUAUUAAAACAUCUCUACAUUUUCAUUUCCAUUGCGGGAAAGUGUUGUUCUCCUUUUCCCGAAGAAAUGUUGUCCAUGUAUACGUGGACUUUACUACUACUACUACUUAUGGAUUUAAUUCGUUGUUUUGUGUGCGAAGAAUAUGCUCGAAUCUGCAAGCUAGAAUCGUGCAACUUCACCAUUUGCGAAACGCGACGAGGUCUUGUUUAAGUAUACGUACUUCUCAAUGUCCGCGGGUGAAGUAGCGUUUGACAGGAUUCAGGAUCGGUUGAGAAUAAAGAGAGAAGAGAGAGAGAAACGCGAGCUAUUCCGUCUGCGAAGCUAUUCGUAUCUCUCGUCCUUCGGCGUGUCGUUCGUUUGCUUUGGCGCCUUUUUCCUUUUCUCCCCCUGUCACAUACCUUCCUCCUUCCUCCCUCUUUUCCUCCCGUCGCCGUUUUUAGCUCAAUUUUUUAUUCGAACCUUCACGGCGAGAUCGAGUGCGGCGUAUCAAUGGACAAUUUGAUAAAAGCACCGACGAUGUACACUUGUCUCAUUGUGUUUCAUUAAUUUUUAAGUAUAGUCUUUCGUAGCCUUUUUAAUGCGUGCGUUCGAUCGCCAUAAGCGAUCGAUAAUUAAUCCGUACGAGGGAGUACAGAUGUGUUUGAGAUGAGGCAUGCAGGAGCAUGAGAGAUGAGGCGAAAUCGAUUGCGCGAGUUCGUCAUGCAAUCGUGAAUAUAUAACAGAAAAAUAAUCGAGAAACACUUUUCUUUUUAAGCCGAUCCAUUAACCGAAAACACGUUGUCAAAAUUCAACGUGAGAAGUUAAAGCUCGGAUCGAUCAUAAAAUAAUCCAGAGUUGAAGUUGUAUAAAAUUUAUUUUUAAUAAAUUAGUUUUGUAGAAAAUAAUAUUUACAUUGAUAUAUAUAAAAAGAUUGUUAUACAUGUUUUUUUUUUUAAGAAAUAAAGUUAAUAAUGAUUUUGUCGUCAUCGAAAAUAAUGAAGGGAAUAAAUGAAAUAUGGAAAGAUAGAGUUUGAAAGACAAUUUUGAUGUCUUCUUUCGGCUGAUCGAGGAAAGUGUUUAUCGUUAACGUCCGUUAUUUAUGGUACUGUUGUACGAGAUAAAAUAAUCAGGGUAUAGUUUGCAAUCGUACUCCGGGCAUAUCAUAUAGCGUUUAUUCUACAUCAUCGCAAUAGCUCUCUUCUGCAAUAGACGUAGCAGUGCAAUAGACACUCUAUUCGCGAUUAACCCACCUCGAUAAGACUCUAUCCGUCCCUUCCCGAGUAAUCACGAUUCAUUUUUUUGCUGUUUUGAUGUAAUAUACAUAUAUCCACUCCACUCGACUCACUCCUGUUUUUCAACCUUGAAUUUACAUAUGUUGUUCCUUCGAUCGACUUGAGCGAUCGAGUUCACCCCAAUUCUUGAGAGAGAGAGAGAGAGAGGUUGACAAAUGCCUGAAUAUAGGUAGACAAUUAUGACGUAAAGAUAGACAUCGUGAUUUUUAAAGCUGGAUUUAUCUCGGACGCGAGUAAAGUUCCACGGCGAGAAAAGUUCUUUCUUGACGCUCCCCGCUUCCGAGAUGAAUCCAACACCGUAAAUAUACCUAUAUCUAUAUUGUAUAUAUCUAUAGGUAUAUAUAUAAUUAUAUAUAUAAUUUUAUACGCUCGCGCAUACGUAUUAUAUAUAUAUAAUUAUACAUAUAUAUACAAAAAUACACACACACACACAUCCAUUCGUCACCGAUUUUACGCUAGAUUCUCGCAAUAUUUCUAAUAAAAUCUAUGUACUUGUAUCAUUGUGUGACGAAGCAAAAGAACGUGAUUCAUUUGUAUUUCGUCUCAGGAAAAGAUAUUUGCCGAUAACGCGAUACAGCGACGAUGACGGAAAUAACGAAACUAUGGGGAUGAUGCUACGAAAGCAGAAGUUUUAGAUUAAUCGUUUAUUACACAUUAUAAGAAAUGUCGCUACUAAUAGUGUUACCACUUUGAAUAUUCAAUAAAACGUUGAGACUAGCGUUAUUA